CUCUCUUGUGUUAUGUCAUUAUGUGUGUGUACUGAAGUAAAGAGAAGUCCUAUUUUACUACCGUGUCUGAGAGCCAUUUGUAAAUAUAUAACAUGCUAAUACUUUAAACUGGCGACGAGGAUGGGAUGUCAGUAAAUGGACACUGCAGAAUAUAUAUAAAGGAAAUAAAACUUUUCUUUCUAUUAUCUACAAAUAUCUCCAGCAUUGCCUCUCUAGGACACAUGGAGGAAUUUGAUCAUGCUAAUCCAUCCUAAUGGGACUCAUAUGCUGACAGGUUAGUGUUUUCCCUGGAAGCUAAUAAGGUGGUUGAUGCUAUUCAGAAGAGAGCUGUGUUACUGAGUGUUAUUGGAUCCAAGACUUUUGAUAUUGUCCGCUCACCAAUAUCUCCUGCUAAACCACAAGACUACUCAUUUGAAGAAAUACUGGCACUGUUAAAAAAUAAUGUAGCACCCACCCCAUCUGAAACAGUGAGGCGUUUACAUUUCAAUAGAAGAAAUCAGAAACCAGGUGAAAGCAUUGCAGCGUACAUUGCAGACCUGCGCAGGCUGUCUGAAAAUUGCAAUUUUGGUACCAGCUUAGAAUCCUUGUUAAGGGAUAGGCUUGUGUGUGGGGUGCAAGAUGAAGCACUGCAGAGGAGACUGCUUGCAAGACAGAAUUUAACUUUUAUUAUUGCACAAGAGGAAGCGCUCGCAAAUGAGGCUGCACAUGUCCGUUCAAAAGAGAUACAAUCCUCCUUCAGCAAAGAGAACUCACCUGAAAUAAAUCUAGUGACGAAGACUGAUGUUAAAUCAAAGGACGUUUCACCAUGCACUGAUGUCACAGCUCCAUUUAAAGAAACUUGUUAUAGUUGCGGUGGAAAACACAGGCGUAAUACAUGUCGUUUUUGAAAUGCAGUUUGCCACACAUGUAGACGUACAGUUCACAUACAGACAGUUUGCCAUAGACAAGCCAGUGUAAUUCAGACCAAAUAUAAGAAUGUGAAUAAAAUACAAACCGCAGCGCACUCUUUUAAUAAUCCAUAUACCGUUUCAAAUAGUGAAAUGACUGCAGGUGUUUACUCAAAUGACUAUGAGAAUAAAGUGGAAAAUUCGCCAUCAGGACUGAAGAUUUACACUGAAAUUGUGCUGCAAGAUGUUCCGUGCAAAAUGGAAGUAGAUUCUGGGUGCGCAUAUUCUUUGAUUUCAGAAGAGACAUUUACAUUGUUAUGGCCUUAUAAUUCUCCUUCAAUAGUACCUUGUGAUAUUCAUCUCGUGGACUACAACAAACAGGCUGUGGAUGCUAAAGGGGCUUGUUUUAUACCAGUAAAAUAUGGUAAAUUCAGAGGACACUUACGUUUAAUAAUUACUAAGGGACAAAGAGUAAGUUUGCUAGGUAGAGAGUGGUUUGAACCCUUAGGAAUUUCAUUAACUGGAGUUAAUAAUGUAUCCCAUAUAUUCUACAGAAUGUGAUUGAUAAAUUUAGUGCAGUUUUUGAAGAAGGUCUUGGCAUGUUUAAAGGCCCUCCUGUUUUUUUUUGUAUUAGAGUCAACAGUACCCCCAAUUCGUAUUAAGCCUCGCAAAAUUGCAUUAGCUCUCAGACCAGAAAUAGAUGCUGAGAUUACACGUCUUGUGGAACAAGGUAUACUUGAACCCGUAACAUACCCACAGUGGUGUACACCCAUAGUUCCGGUCAUGAAAUCAAAUGAGGAUGUCAGAAUCUGUGCUGACUACAAAUGUACAAUCAACAAAGCGUUGCAAGAGCAUCCCUAUCAAAUUCCAGCUGUUAAUCAAAUUCUUACUACUUUGGCAAAAGGAAAAGUAUUUGCCAAGUUGGAUAUGGCUCAACCCUACCAGCAGUUACCUGUGGAUGAUGAGGCUGCUGAUGCACAAACGAUAAUAACACUCAAAGGAGCUUUCCGAGCAAGACGUUUGCAGUUUGGAGUUUCCAUUGCUCCUGGCAUAUUCCAGAAUUUAAUGGAGGACCUCUUAUCUGGACUUCCAGGUGUAUUGCCUUAUAUUGAUGACGUUCUUAUUGGAGCAGAUUCUAUACAGUCAUUGGCUGCACAGAUACAACUUGUUUUACAACGUUUUCUUGAUGCUGGUCUAAAACUUAAAAAAGAAAAGUGUGUUUUUGGUGUAAGCAGCGUAGAUUUCCUUGGUUAACGAGUUGAUGCACAGGGCAUUCAUUCAACUGAUUCUAAGGUUGAAGCUAUCCAUAGAGCUCCAGUUCCAACAAACAAACAAGAACUGCAAGCUUUCCUAGGGUUGCUUAAUUUUUACCAUUCUUUUCUGCCUGAUAAAGCCACUGUUGCUGAACCUCUGCAUCGUCCACUAGAUAAAGAUGCUCCAUGGAAGUGGACUGACGUUCAUACAACUGCUUUCAGCGCUGCUAAAAAACUGUUGUCUUCUGACAGUUUGCUUGUACACUAUGAGUUGGAGAAACCGCUCAACCUAACCUGCAAUACUUCUCCAUAUGGCAUAGGGGCUGUAUUGAGCCACACUUUGAGAAAUGGGGUUGAGGCUCCUAUUGCGUUUUAUUCACGGACUUUAUCUACUACAGAGAGGAAUUAAGGAGGCUUUAGCUAUUGUGUCCGGUGUAAAAAAGUUUCAUGACUAUUUGUAUGGGUGGAUGUGUGCUAUUAUAACAGAUCAUAAACCUUUACUGGGUCUGUUCACCAGCAAUACUCCCACUCCUCAAAUAAUUUCACCACGCAUGCUCAAGUGGUCCCUUAUGCUGAAUGCCUAUGAUUGUGAGUUAAAGUAUCGUCCUGGCAAGGAUAUCACACAUGCUGAUGGAUUAAGCCAAUUACCUUUGCUUUCUCCUGACUUCCUUGUUCCUCCUAUGUCUGAGGUCCUCAUGUUGGAAUCCAUUCCAAACCCUCCGUUACAUGCAAGUGACAUUGCUUGUAUGUCUGCCAAUGAUCUUUUGCUGUCCCGUGUGCUCAACUGGGUUUGGAGGGGGUGGCCAAAAUCAAAAGUGUAAGACAAGUUCAAACCAUUUGUAGUGCAUCAACAUGAACUAUAUGCCCAUAAAGGGUGCCUAUUAUGGGGAAACAGAGUGGUAAUUCCAAAUGCAGGACAAGCUCGAGUAUUGCAUGCUCUUCAUGAAGGACAUCCUGGAAUAGUUCGCAUGAAAGCUUUAGCCAGAAGUUAUUUUUGGUGGCCUAAAAUGGAUGAAGUUAUUGAAAAGUGGGUGAAGAACUGUGUACCAUGCCAAUCUACUCGUCAUGCUCCAACUAAAGCCUCAGUACAUCCUUGGGAAGUGACUAGGUCACCUUGGUCCCGUUUACACAUAGAUUUUGCUGGCCCUUUUCACGGACAUAUGUUUUUUUUUGUUGUUGACUCCUUUUCAAAAUGGUUAGAAGUUGUUCCAGUUACAUCUGCUACCUCAGUCACAGUCAUAAAGAUUCUAAGGAGGCUGUUUGCUACACAUGUGUUGCCAGAUACAAUUGUGUCUGAUAAUGGAACACAAUUAACCUCAUCAGAAUACAAAAAUUUCAUAGCAAGUAAUCUUAUUCGACAUGUUACGAUUGCACCAUUUCACCCAUUAUCAAAUGGUCAACCUGAGCGUAUGGUUCAAACUACCAAAGACUCAUUAAAGAGAAUUAUUGAAGGAGAUUGGAAUCGUAGACUUGCAAAUUUCCUUCUGCAACAACAUGUGAUACCUUGCCCAAGCACCGGUAGUAGUCCAGCAGAGCUCCUUAUGAACCAGUGUCUUAAAACUUAUCUGUAUCAUUUACAUCCUGAUUUGACAACUGAGUUACAAGAAAAGCAAGAAUUGCAAUUCAAUAAGAACUAUAAUGCUUCUACUGUGAGAGUAUUUGCACCUGACAGUGCUGUCUAUGUCAGGAAUUAUGUUUCUGGGCCUAAAUGGAUACCUGCAAAAGUACUUGUGGCCACAGGACCUUUGUCAUACAAAGUACAAAUUCCUGAUGCUGGAAUAUUACGAAGGCAUGUCGAUCAGAUUCGGGAACCGAGUGAUGAGAUUGUGCCUGCUGCCGGUCCCAGUCACACUGGGUUUUCUCUGAUACCAGAUGAUGUUGAACCACUGGAUGAUACAGGUCUCAGUUCUCCAGGACUUGUUGUUGAAGAACCAGUUCUGUGUGGUCCAUCUGACAGAGCACAGAAAGAAGGGAUGGGCACAACCGAAGGUCCAGGUGAAGCAGUUCCAAACAUGGUUUUGGGGCGCCCAAGACGAAAUAUUAAACCUUCCAGUUAUCUCAAAGACUUUGAGGUCUAGAGGGGAGGAGUGGGGUUUAUGCAGUCUACCUUCCAGUAGAUGGCAGCAUAGUGAAGUUAUGCACUUGUUCUGUUGUGUUAGUCUCUCUUGUGUUAUGUCAUUAUGUGUGUGUACUGAAGUAAAGAGAAGUUCUAUUUUACUACAAUGUCUGAGAGCCAUUUGUGAAUAUAUAACAUGCUAAUACACUAAAACUACAACAGUCACUUACAAUGCCCUGUACAUUACAGAUUUCUGCCAGCAUUACUAUUUUCUUAAAGGUAAAUGCUUAGUGAAAUACUCAUACUGACUGCAUUAGUAGGGAUUCAUUUGUCUUACAGUCAGGGAAUAAAUUGACAAAAUUAGACAAAAUGUGGAGCUCCCACCUUCAAGUUAAUUUAGAUUUCUUACAGUUCUCUUUAGCAUUUCUAUGCUUUUAAAAUGGAACCAUUGCACCUUUUUAAUUAAAAAUAUUAACAGGUUUCCAUAGUCCACCCCUAUGUCUGUAUGCUGCUUAUGUAUGCUUCCUGUUAUACCGACCACCACUUAUUGUUUACCAUUUUGCAUAAUGUACAUCAACAAAAUUAUUGCUAUAACAUAUCUACAAGACAGUAUAAAAGUAUUUGUUUUGCCAUAGUCACUAUUUUAAAACACUUUUAAAAGUUCCCUUAAAUAUACUGAAAUAGAGAACUCAUGUAAUUUUGUAAUAUAGACUUUGAACUAGGCGUAAAGUUGAGUGAAUACAAAUACACAAAAUUCCUGCGCUCAGACUCCCACUACUCCUGGACAGCAGCAAUGACCAUAGUAUACAUCAGCCCCAAUACAUAAAAUAAAAGCCCCACAUCCCUAUUGAGCUGAGAAAUAAUAAACAGAUAUAACUAAGACAUUCUUGAAAUUUAGCAAAUAUUAAAUGGAUCCUUCCUGGUUAAAUCAUUCUGACAGUAUAUUAUAAAUGUGCUCUACAUGGAAAUAAUACCACAAGUUUUGGAUUAUGGAAAGUUAUAUUGGCAGUUUGUUUUGUAUUUAGCAGCAAAUACGUUUGUUUUUUUAAUUUAUUUUCUAUAAUUUUUAGUUGAAUUUUUUUUCUUUUUUUUUGUAGAUUGUGUUUAAUGUUUUUACACUUCAUUUUAUUAGUGCAGAGCAGUAACAUUUAUGCGAUAUUUUUUUUUCGGUAGGUUUCGCAUACCAUCCAUAAGCACCUCCAGUUGAAGGAAAUACAAGGAUAACCAAACCAAAAGAUAAGCCUACAGAAACUGCUUAUACCUGGAAAUGAUUCUCCCAAUGUAUCCAAUGUGAGAGUUUGAAAAUAAACAAGCCAAUGGAUAAUCAUAGUCAAAGCAGUUGGGACUCAUUGCCUCAGCUGUGUCUACAGAAGAUUUUCAUGUAUCUUGGUGACAAAGACAGAACAUCUGCUGCUUCAGUGUGCCGGAAAUGGAAUCAAAUCCUGUACUCUGCAAUUCUUUGGAAGUCCCGGACUAUUAUUUUUGGUGGUCGUUCGACCAUGCCCAGUGUAACAGAAUUUAAAUCUGCAGUCCGGUAUGUCAAGAAGUUUGGUAUAUAUCUGGAAAAUUUGGAGAUCAGGUUUCUAAAUGUUUAUAAUUCUGUCCUAACCCGGGAUUUCCAGAUGUCCAUGAAAAGUUUGUUGGCAAACCUGGGAAAAAAGAACAAGUGCCUAAAAUGUUUUUCUAUUCCGCACUUAGAACUGGAAAGGGUGAUCUGGAGCAACAAAUUGAGGGAUACAUUUAUCCAGAGCCUCAGCCUAUUCCUUAAAAAGAUGGGGAAAAAUCUGGAAAGCUUAAAUAUACGAGGGGCCAAAAUGAGCCUAGAACAAGGCUGCACCAUUCUUAAGUCCUUGAGUUCUUCAGAGAAUGUGAUCUACUUAGCUGAGCUAAACAUUGAAGAUUUCUUCACCCGCCAUAUUCCUGUCUACAGUGAUGUUUGUUUCCAUGAAGCAAUGUCUGCUUUCCAUAACCUGAAUAGUCUCACCCUCAAUUACAGUUGCAUUUCAGAUACGAUUCUGGAAAUACUGUGUGAAAACUGUAGAUACUCACUUUCCACGCUUACUAUCAAGUGCCACAUUUAUGAUCCUCACAUGCAAGUGGUGGCAGGGAAGUCAUGGAAAAAGCUGGCACAAGAAGCCAAAAACUUGCAGGUUAACUUUCUGUUUGAAAGAGUAUUGCUGUACAGUGAUUUAUCCAGGAUACUCCUUCCAGAGAUACCUGCCUCCAACAUUAGUAUAAGAAGUUGUUACUUCAGUGAUCGAAGGUGGUCCUUGAGGUCUACAGUUACUGAACUCCUGCCAAAUUACAAAGACACUUUACAAGUAUGAUAUAUUCCUUUUACUUUUUUUACAACAGUUGUGUAUAGGACAGAACAGAGUUUAGAGUCCAAAAGACCAGAGAUAAGAUAUCAGAUGAGAUACUCUGUCUCUAGUUCUAUAUUUUGUUCAUUGUAGUUGGAUGCUGCAGUGAGAACAUCUAGCUCUGUUUUGUUUACUGUGGAUCGAUGCAGGCCCAUCUACUCCCAGAAUACAUAAAUAUUGGCAGGGUGGUAUUUUUGUGCAAUGUCUUUCAUUUUUUUGUUAAAUUGUAGUGGUGCUUUUCUAUGGAGUAUGCAUGCGUGAAUUCAGGGAUGUACUUGCGUGUGAUGUUGAUGUUUGAAUACAGGAGUGUAUUUGUGUAUAGUGUUGGUGUUUGGACACAGGUUGAUGUUUUUCUGUUGUGGUGCUGUUUGACUGCAGGUGUGUAUUUUUAUGUGAUGUUGGCAUUGGUAUGCAAGAGUGUACUGUUUGAAUACAUGCAUGUAUUUUUGUGUAAUGUUGGUGUUGGGAAAGUAUAUUCAUAUUUAUAUAUACAUUGCCACACACAGAGAAACACACACAGCUACACAGGUGUUCACAGACACACACAUACACACAAAGGGGUACACAAAAAUGAAAAAAAAAAAACACGCAGAUAAACACUCAAUUACACACACAAAUAUACACACACUGACAAACACAUAUAGAUACACACAGAAAAAUAAAGAAAAUUAGAGGUAUUUGAAAAAUGUAUUUAGUUUCAUUUCAAUUAGUUCAUUUUCAAAUUUUGGAAAACUGCAAACAUGUAACUGGCAUGAAUUGUUCACUCCCCACCCCAAUUUACAAGUGUAUGUCUGACCAAUAAAAAUUGUAUAGUGAUUGAUGCAGUCAGGAGGGCAAGUGUUAGACUCUUCUAUAAUGUUUUUUGUUCUCCAACCUAGAAGCUGACAUUGGAGUAUAGCAACCAUGAAUAUCUUGAUGAUGAGCUGAUUAAACUUGUGCUUUUGUGUAAAAAGUUAAACUAUCUCAAAUUGUGGGCUUUUCUGAAAGUUGCAUUUGUGGAAAGGAUACUACAGAAACAAAAAGAAGGCAAGUGCUCUCUGGAAACUUUCAAGGUUAGUAGGUGAUAAUUGCAAUCUGACAAAUAAAAUAAAAGAUUAUGUAGUAAUUGUCUAAUUAUCCCUUGUUAAACUUUAUAGAACGAUUUCACUGUGUGUGUGCCUAGUAGUCCUAAUAACCACCACUAGUUAAAAGAACACUGUAGCAUUAGGAAUAUGAGUCAGUAUCCCUAAUGCAAUAGUGUCUGUGUCCCUAACUUUAUUGGUACCCCCCUUCCAUCGCCCCCUAUAUUGAAAGGGAUAAAAAAAAACUUUUUGUACUAACUUUUUUUCCAGCACUAACGAAACUGGCUAGGUCUCCUCCUCCCCCAACAUCACAGCGAUAGUGGGAGCGAGUGAUGGGAGCACCACACGCGUAAUAAAACUUCCGUAUAGGGAAUAAUUAAAUUAAUGCUUUCCUGUUUGGAAUUUGAAGAUGUUCGAUGUAAAACUCUGUUAAGAACCUGGAAGCCCCUCCAAAAACAGUAAUGUUUUACACUGCACGGUUAAACAGACAGGGACAUUGCACCCAAUUCACUUCAAUGUGAUUAAGUUAUCUGGGUGUGUAAUGUCCCUUUAAACACUCUGGAUUCCUAAAGUACUAGAGAUUGCUCAGGUGUUUUAUGUGUAAAGAGUGUGUCCAUUUUCAUUUUACAAGUGCAGAUCUCAGUAGAAAUCUCAGUAGACAUUUAUAAAUUAAUCUUGUUACAUCCCCUGGCUGUCAGCCAGACAAACUGCCCUGUUACUUCCUGGUUUGGUUAGCUCAGUGGAAAUAACAGGGGCAGAUCAGGGCCAGAGCCAGCAACAGCAGACUGCAAUAAAGGUAAUAUUUUACUAUAUUUAGGGGAGCACUUGGGAACCAAGGGGGCUAGAUGGUGUUUUUAACACCAGGAAUGCAUGUUUGUGUUCCUGACCCUAUAGUGUUCCUUUAAUGGCCACCUCUAGUUUACCAGUAAAUAUGUAUCACAACCUGAAUGUGUAUGUGUUGGAUUGAUAGAAUGUUGAGUAUGAUGGGACAGCGGUCUUGCUGAACUCCACCAGUUACUAACAGUAACUGUACAUUUCCUUCCAGGUGUUUGUGUGUGUUGAAGGGAUGGAAUAAAGAGUAGGUAGGCUUGGACAGUGGUCGUAAUGGCCUCCAUUACUUUAAUAAUAACUGAGAAACUUGUUCUGUGGCCAGUAAACAAGAUAAACAACGAUCACAUUUAAUCUACUUCUUUGGUUGGUUUAUCUGUCACUUUAUUUAAUUCUUGUUUUGUUUUUUUACAGAUCCGAAUUUAUAUCAGCAGAAGUGAGACAGUUAAACAAGAUAAGAAGCUUUUUGAGAUAUUUCUGAAGUACAUGGAUAUAAUUCCGAAUAUGAAUUAUUUUGCCAUGGUCUACCCUUAUAUAUGAAGGGAACAUCAGGAAAUUGACCAUCAUUGUGAGGCUGAAUCUCACAAAUUUCACCAUAAACUGAAGAGCUCACAAUUCACAAUUCAAUUGUUGGUUGUAAACUAAAAAUGGUUAAAAAAUCAAUUCAGUGUGCUACAGUUACUUUUAUUCAAAUACAAAAUAUCUUUUUAUAAUACAACAAUGCAUGCAAAAUUACAUUACCAAUGGAGCAAGGAAUAUUUUUUUCCGAGGUUAUUUUCUAAUAAAGGAACAAAGUAAAGGAAAGGUGGCGCCCAUACUUAAAGCAGCUCUGUCAUCUUUGGGCAUCUCUGCAAAUUUUGCAAAGACUCCUGAAGGUGACAUCCCUGCUUGUGUGUGAUGGACAUCGGAAAACAAAUAGUUGUUAAACAAACCUAGAGCUCUCCCUAGAUAGUGCUGCCAUCUUCUUUCUUUGGUUCCUGGAGCUUCAUCCACAAGCAUACUCAAAAAAUACAGCAUGGAGGUCUACUGAGGAUCCCUGGAGAUUGCACUUACGUCCACUGACCAAAUGUUGCAAUGUACGAGAAGAUGCUGCUUAUAUCCUACAGCUUAUAUCCUAGCACCAGUUACGGGAUCUGGCAACAUGUCACAGAGGAAGCUCUGUCAAGUUUUGUUAACCUCAGGCUUGACCAAAAAACUAAAUAGGCCCUAUUUUGCCUUAUGACAUAUUUUGAUUGUGGUGGAGUUUCAAUGAAAUGCUAACACAGUUUUUUAACCCCUUAAGGACGGAGCCAAAUGUACACGUUGUGAACAAAACAAAAUGUAAACAAAACCUGGCAUUUGCGCUACAUGUCUGUCCAACCGUAAUACACCUCUUU